AUGGCGGGCUACUACAACGGCGGCGGCCGGACCAUGUCCUACUCCAACACCGAUGAGUGCUUCCACGGCGGCAGGACCAUGUACUCCAACACGACCGAGGAGUGCUACGACGCCGGCAAGCACGGCCACGGCCACGGCCACGGGCAUGGCCAUGGCCACGGCGGGGCAAACAUGUACGCCAACACCACUGACGUGGAGUGCUUCGACUCCGGCAGGCACGGCCACGGCGGGGGCGGCAGGACCAUGUACUCCAACACCGUCGACGAGGAGUGCUUCGACUCCGGCAGGCACGGGCAUGGACAUGGGCAUGGCCACAGCUACGGGCACAACGACGGCAGGGCCAUGUCCUACUCCACCACCACCGAGGAGUGCUUCGGCGGAGGGGAGCAGGGGCAAGGGUACUACAAGAAGGAGGUGCAGCAGCACAAGAACAGGGAGCGCGUCGGCGAGGUCGGCGCCCUCGCCGCCGGUGCCUUCGCCCUGGUAAUCAAUCAAUUAACCUCACUCAACAAAUCAACAUUACAUGGGACAAUUUUGUACAUGUAA